UCAGCAGGUGGGUUUAAUCGGUUUAUGGUCAUCUCGCCACCAAACCGUCUCGCCACAAACCAAAUCGCCGCCAAGAAGUCGACUCGCCGCCAACCAACUCGGCACUAAUCACUUACUACUUGUGAAAACUGCCUUUCGUGUUUUAAGAAAUCUAACACUUAGUCAGAUUAGGUUGUUUACCUAGUAGGGUUUUCACUGAUUUGCCUGUAUAAGAAAAAAAAAACCUUUAGCCGUGGGUUGACGAAAGUGCCAUGAAAAGACAUUAUGAAGCAAAAGAUUUUUGGGAGAGACUUGCCUUUCGUUUUUACUCCACACAGCACGCCCUUCUUUGACACAGUUUAGCAUGAACAGUCUCAACACUUCACACAUUCAUUGUACGUACGUUUGAUAACAGUGGCUGGCUUUCGAAUCUCAAAGACAGCACUUGAUCUUCGCGAGUGUCACGCGUAGCCUGCGUGGCCGACGUUUGAGAACGCGAAGGCUUACAGGCUACCGUUAUCGAGGAUAAAGUAAGAAGUCGAGGAACAAGGCUACACUAUAACUGGCUGACUAUCGAGAAACGAGAAUCCGGGAAAACGAGAAAUUCCGGGAAUCGAUUUCUUUUUUAAGAUUACUUUUAAUUUUUUGUUACAAAUUGUGGUCAGUAUUCAUCCUCGGAAGGUGACUAUGAUUACUAAACAAAAAUAGCCAGUUCGGACGGAAUUUAAACUCCUGACCGUCUGGAUGUUAGUUAAACUUUGUUGGUACAGCGUGAUGUCUGUUUCUUUGAACGCAAUGUUAUAUUAUUUCUCUAUAGAAUAAUUCAAAAGGAUCAUUUUACUCCAGCGUAUUAAAAGACUAUUACAAAAGGUAAGUGGUCCGUCUGCUACGGUCAAACGUCAAGCUUCACAUGGAAUAAACCUAAUGCUAGUGAGCAAGAACAAUUUCGUCACAUUUGAAGAUCUAAAGAGAAGACGACUGGGUCUCCUUAACGUUCGCAAAGAAACCUGGUACUAUUAAUAGGAACGUGGAACUAUAUUGGCACGCAAAGUUUUCUUUUACUUAUUUGGUCAAGUUUUGUAUAAAAAUACUACUUUAGCUUGUUCACAGACCUCUUUGUCAAUAGAAACCACUGGGGAUUUAUUGACCGCCAACGCAAGGGGUUGGGAUCAUGACUAAAUGUGAAAAGACACAAAAAGAAAAGAUGAAUUAGUUUCAUUCUUUUUUUGCUCGCACUUCUGUGCCUCGUUUGAGAUGAUGUUACACGGGAAGAUUCGCAACGAUAAUUUUUAGCGCAACACAGCGUUGCAUUGUUGGAACAGUGUUGCCACUAUAGGGAAGAAGGUCGCAACAAUGUUGCAACGUUCUGUGUUGCGCUAAAAAUUGUCGUUGUGAAUGGUCCCGCGCAACAUCACCAUUAGUUGUUACGUUUGGAAUAUAGUACUUGUAUAUGCUCAGUUCGUUCUCUCAUUCCAUACAUAGCUUGGUUUGUUUAUUUUUUUACCACAGAUGUCAAAAGCUUCGGAACGCCAAAGAUGCAAAGUGCAGUGAUUGUGGUUUGAGGUCAAAUCUAGCUUACUGUUUCGAGUGUGGGUAAGUCAUGAAAAAGCCACCCUUUCAGUUGCGUGGAUGAAAGUGAUCGUUAAGAUAACUUUUUUUUUUUUACCCAAACAUCAUUUGGGUAAUCGGUAUGGAACUUAUUUACUUGAGUCUUGAUCCUAAAAAAGGCUUAGUAUGAAUGGGUAUAAGCCGCCGGCCCAACAGGGCAAGGUGUUUUUGGACCUUGGGUAUAAUUUCACUUUUUAGCAUCUUGAACAGGGUAUCUCUCUGGACCGAAUGGUCGUAGUGUUUGAUGCCCGAAAUAUGUUUGUAGCUGAAAAAUCUUAUUGACUCCAAAGCUGAUUUAACAAAAUUAUAUUUUCUAGCUAAACAUAAAAACGAUAUUCUCAAUCUUGAACAGGGUGUUGUAUUUGGGAGUCACAAAAAAGGCACUGCCCCACCCAUACCUCCCUCAAAUGCCCCACCCCGGACAUUAAAUAACUUUCCUGAAGACUACAUUUGUACUUUAUCUGCUUGUAUGUGAAAGAAGCCAGCUGUUUUUGUUUCGUCGUUUCAGGUUAACUUUAUGCGAUGGCCGUGGACACCUUAUAAAUCAUCUUUUAGAAUAUCCCAGUCACACUAAACUCUUCUCAUACAAACUACAGCGACAGGUGAGAUAAAAAGUCAAGCGUACACGAUCUUCUUGCGAUAAACCGCAAGUAGUCGUUUUUAUCUUGUCAAUAACAUGAAAAAAAAUGAAGUAAAAGUUUACUCAACUUAUAAUAUUAAAAACUAAGGCUUAAGCCAAACGUCGAACUUUUCAUGAGACGAACCAAACUUAGAGAGUUACGUUGAUGAAAAGUUCGACGUCUGGCUCAGUUAAGUUAGUCUGAAUGAGUUUGGAUCGUCCAACACGUUCUAUCCGUGCUGCUUCAGACGGAUAGAGCGUCUGAAGAUCGUGUCCGGGACAAGGGUCGAUCUUCUCAUGCGACGAACUAAACUAAUAAAUUAAAAACUUGUAUGAUAAUGUAUCUUUAGCGUCGUUCGGGAAAAAAAUUAUUAUUUGCUGGCUAAAUUUGCUUUUUGGUCUGAUUCAGUUGAUUGGUUCGACGCAUCCUAAGUUCGACAUCUGACCCAACAGGUGAUCUUAACUUACUUUAGGUCGACCCAAAUCUGAGUUUGGUUCGUCUCACUAAGUUUUCACAUUUUGGGUGGUCGCUUACUGGAGGUUAAACUGGAAAUACUUCGGGAUCUGCUUUCCAUUUUGUUAAAUCAGUUUUGAUGCUGGCAUUUUCAGAUAAAGUGCUGUAAAUCGACUUGUGAAGUUGUGAACUGCACGGAACUUUUAAUGUGCUCUUCGUGCCUGGGCAGAACUUUCACCAGCCAUUACUCCAUGAUAAACGCAACCUGGUAAGCUCAUAAUUCUUAUAACUUGGGAACAUAAGACUAGAACUGAAACAAGUCGGGGUUGCCAUCUACUGAGACCCCAUACAGGGGCAGCUGAUCGGGAGAGAAUAUUCACGGGCAAAUCUUUGCAAAAAAAAAAAAAAAAUGUUUACACGAGAAACAAGAUUAAUAGUGCUCCUGGGUGCCAGAACUAGCUGCAGAAGGUGUUCAAAUCCCUGCUUUUGAUUGGCCAGAAAAUAUUUUCCGGCCAAUAAGAUCAAAAUACCCAGGGACGCACUCUGCUAGGGGGCGGUGGGACGGGUUUUAGGGAGGCGAGCGAGAAAAAUAUGUUUAUUGCCUCCCUCCUUCCACGGCUAUGAACUAAAGAUGGCUGUCCCUAUAGUAAGCGCUCGAUCUUGAUGAUCUUACUAAAAACUGGGUACUGUAAACACUCUAAGCAAAUAGAUACUUGCGGCAUAGUGCUGUGGACUUGUAUCCCAUCCAGGGAGGGUGGUAAUAUUACUAGAACAUAAACCGGAAUAUGUUCCGGCCAUGUAGGUCUUCUUGUCUCAUAGUGCCCUAUUAUUUAGCUCCUCCGUGGUCGCGCACAAAACCCACGACGGCGCACCCAGUCACGCAACUAAAAAUAAAGACGGGCUCACAAGAACCUAAAUUGUGACGCGCUCAAAGUACAACCAGACUUACGUUUAUAAAUGUAUGCCUUUGGAAAGACGUGGAGCCAGUUGCAUAAAUUUCAACUUCGGACUUGAACCGCGUUAAAAUCUGACAUUCAACCCAGUCGAACUCCUUGUUUUACCGCAGGCGUUAGAACUUACAUUAGACGCUACGUCUUAUCCUACUUGUCCCUGGCCUGCUUGUUUAUUACCGCUUAUUAUUGAAGAUUUUUUAGUUUCAAUAAAAGUCUCUUAAGAUCUACAGCUUUUGGCUUGUUUGAAUCUGCAUGAUUUCCUUCAGUUCUCUGAGCUGUCCUUCAUAUUUAAAUGAUACUUUAUCUCCCCUUUGCGCUCUGCUUUCAGGUCCAGGACCGGACUAAAGUUGAUUCCAAACGCUUUGGCGUGCGAACAACAUUUCCACUGGUAAGAAAAUUAUCUUUCUUAGCGUUGCGCAUAAAAUUCGUUAACCGUUUGUCAGAUGCAAUUGUCUCGAAUGAUUGCUGCUGAAAACGCCGCACCAGUUGUCAAAAACAUAUCCGGCAGUGUUUUCAAAAUCAGCCGUCGGCCGUCGCAUCCGACGGCAACUUUUUCAUUUGCGACGCCUACUUUCCCUUAGGUAAAUUAUAUGACAAAUAAAACUUUUGAUAAAAAGUGGUAAGUGUUCACAAAGCUGCUGCGAGCAAGCAAACUUGAAAUUUUUCUGGAGAAUUUCGCCAAAACAUCGCUUGAGUCUGCUUUUAAAAUACGUUCUCUGCGUAAUACGUUGAGUAAACGUUGAGGACGAGUCGAAGACUGGGUCUCAGUUACAGGGAACGUUGUAGUUAGCGGUUUCUGAAGCCACUCUACAUAAAACGCCACAUUUCGUCUCCAAGAACACGGCAAAAUGGCCGAAAAGCGACAGCGUGGUUUACGGGAGAUGUGGUCGCGACAGUGACAAACAAGGAAAAGAAAAAGGAUGCUGCAGGUAAUAAUGUGGUUAAAGCGUACCCUAAUAUUGUGGUUAAUAAAGUUACUAAAAGCAUCAAAAUUUAUCAGUAUUUUCGAUAUCUAAAAUUUGCUAGUUCUGCGUCUCAAAAUGCGGGAAAAUGCGCCUCCAAGAGUCUAGAAAUUCAAAAUUUCCUGGGGGGGGGGGCAUGCCCCCAGACCCCCCUAGAGAGCAAGGCCCUCCGGGCCUUGCAACUCCUACUCAAAUAAAUACAACUCCUACUUCAAAAACUGUUGAAAACCCUGGAUAGAUAACUCCUUGAGUGAUGGGAGAUCAUGAGAAAGAUCUUUAUGUAUCACUACAGACAACUUACAAGGCUUUGUGCUGUGCUUUUAGGCAUCGAAUGAACUGUGCGAACUCUGCCGGAGAAAUCCUGGUAACCAGGGAGAAGGUGGAGAAAAGUCGAACACGAGGCGAAGGACUUUUGAGUGAAUUUUAUUUUUAA